GAGCGCCCGGCGCUAUUUAACCUCCCGGGCGGCCAUUUUGCGUUCUUUGCAGCGGGGAUGCGGAAGGGCAGCAGAUCUGUCUGGCCCGCGGGCUGUUAAGCACAGAGGUGCAGCAGAGGCGGAGGACAAUGCUGAGCUCCAAACUGGCACACUGAAGCAUGACUGAUACGGAUGAGUCUCAGGCUUCUGGCUCUGAUUACUCUGAUGCCCAAGAGCCAAUAUGCAGCCAGCAGAAAGAACCAUAUAAGGUGCAUGCAUGUGAAACAAAUACACAAAUGGAAUGUUCACAUUCAAGACAGAAGCAAGCUGCUCCUGAGGGGUCUUCAGAUGAGCUUAACGGUGUACGCAGACCCUCAGCUGAGGUUUUACUGGACAGCAGGGACUCAGAAAUUGAUCUCCCUGCUGCUGGUGGCAGUGAGUACCAUCCCAAGAGCUCCAUUGCACCUUCAAAGCGAAAUAAGAGAUCUCGGACUUCAGGGCAACAAGCUGGAUCUGUUGGAGGAGUGCCUGACAGUGAAAGCUCUUCUGAUUCUUCUGUGUCCCAUCCAAGUCCAGUGAAAUCAUUGGAAUCUUCCAAGCAGCAGAAGUCAAAACUCAAUUUGAAAGCCAUUUUUGCCUAUCACUUCAGAGGAAAGAAGUUUAAGGCUGCUGCACACCGAAAAUUCAAGGUUGUCUCAGGGAAGAGGAAGAAGAAGAGAAAAUAUGAGAGCACAGGGAAGCCUAUAGGGAGGCCACCGCUGACAGCCUCGCCUCUAGAGCAAAAGAGAAGGCUUCUAGACAGAGGUUUUCGGUUCCCUUUUGUUGAAAAACAUUAUGGAAAGAAAGAUCUUCCCUUAAAGAUGGUUCUUGGUUAUGAGCAAGCAGCUACGAAGGGUUUUCUGCAGUACAUUGAAGUGCUUAAAUAUGAAGAACAUCUUAGAAAAGCUCUAAAAUCCCUUGAGGCUGGUGAAGACUUAGAAAGAGAAUGUCUGGUGGUACGGAAACACAAAUAUUUAGAUGAUGAAGGCCCCAUUUCUCCUAUUAGGGAGACAAGUGAUGAUGGUGAUGACAGCUUGAAUUCUCAUAAUCAAGAUGACCUUGAUGCCAGAGUAGUGGAGAACAGCUCUUUCAUUAUAAGCAGUAAAAUUCCAAGUAAGAAAAAAUCAAAGCCAGAAACAAAACGUGCAAAAUCACCUAAAGUGAUUGAAGUAGAGGAGGAAGAUGACUGUGCUGCUGCAACCUCUGGGCUUCUGCAAGGGUCACCCCGGUGAACAGAAAACGAAGCAAUGAAGUGGCAGUGGUCACUCUUCAGUUACCUUUUCAUGGCCUGCUUGGUUUAAAGCAUUGUUCCUAAGCCAGUAUUGAGCUGUCAACCAAGCAACCUAGUCAGGUUUGGUUUAAGGCAUGUACCUGAGAGAUACUCCAUGGCUUGAAAGACUCGUCCUGGACCGAGGAGCGGGGUUCUUGCUUGUUUGUUGCCUUUGGAAGAUGAAAUACUACUGCUCAGUUCUCUUGAUGUGCAAGGCUCUGCAGCCCUAAGCAGCUGCAGCUUUUUUGGACUGCUUGAAUUCUUACAGCUGUUUGCUGGCCUGAUGUACAACUCUAGUACUUUGGGGGACUAUAGUGGAAUGUGUUGGUGAAAAAGGGCAUUCCUGUGAUGUCUGGAACAUGGUGGGAAGCCUCUACUUAAGGGGAGCCUCCGUGAUGGUCCAGUCUGAACUAGCAUCAUGGUGGAGUGUAAUGAGGAGAAAUACAGAAUACCAUUUCGCAGAAAUCUGAGGCCUCUUCUAGGUACUGACUUAUGCUUUUGACACAAAUGAAAAAGUGAUUCAAGUGGAAAAGCUUGGUGCUAAAGCACAGAACAAUGUGACUUCUGCUGUGUUAAAAGGAUGAGCUGUGGAAGAUAACCUGUCUGACAGCUGCAGCAUGUCAGAGGGCUGAGAAACACCAUCUGAGUGCCACCAGAGUGAGUCUGAAGGUCCUGGUGAGGUUGCUGUGAGUGCUGCAAGGAAGAACUAGAGAGCUCUUUCAAACACAACCUUAUGUAGACUGUUGCAAUAAUCUAGAAUUAAAUGUGUCAUUCCAACUUCCCUCGCUGCUCUAUAAGAUGAAAUAGUGGAUGGUAUUUGGAAACCAGUUCAGAGGCACAGGGAGCCUUUGCCCUCCUGGAAGGGAUGGAGACUUCGCUGCCUGCUUGGUGUUGCAGAAGAGCUAACAAAGCUGAGUUGUGUCAAGUUGUGAUUUGACUAGAACAGGCUUUAUCAGCUCUUCUCCUUCACUUCUCUGUCACUGAACUCUACUGUACUAAAGCUCUGGUGAGGUAUUUACUCUGUACAGAAUGUCAGUGUUUAAAUAAAACUGUCUGAAAGCUGCA